GAACAUUUGCCUGCUUCAUCCAGCUUUCAGCCUACAAAAGAAGAAAAGCUUCGAGUAAUUGUAUGGUCUAUUCAAACAAGCGUCAGAAGGCGAUAUUGUUGGGUCACGACCGGGAGUAUGGGAUGUCGUAGGUCGAGCAAAAUGGGAUGCAUGGAAACGUUUGGAAGGCAUGAGUUCCUUGGAAGCCAAAAGGAUGUACGUCGAGACAUUGUUAAAUGUUGCGACUGAGACUUUGAAGAGAUCAAAUGACGUUACACAAGCCCAAAGCAUUAUACAAGCUUUCUCUUCAAUGCGACCUUCAGGAGAUGAGACGGAUAGCUAUGAUGAAGAAGGAGAAUAUAGUGCUGUAUCAGAAGACUAUAGCGAAAACGACGAGGAAGAGAGAGCUUACUUGAGUGCCAUAGAAAGGGAUUCUGAGUUGCUGCGACAAAUUCAACAGCCAACCUCGUCGUCUCGACCCGCCUCUAGAACAGCGAAAGAUCAAAGUCCUCGUCCAUAUCGCUCUCCUCAAAGUAUUUCAUCGGCCAAGUCGCCUACUGUGACACCACAGCAACUUAAAAGCUCCAAACAACACCACAGGGCCAUAUCCCCUUCGUCCGAAUACCGACCGAGACCUGCAAGCCAAGUGUUUCAUUCGCCUGUUUUGUCUAGUACUACGAGUGUUACUCAGCAAGGACCCAGUCGCAGUGGCAGACAAUAUUUUGCCGCACCAGAGUCGUUCCAUUCCCUUUCACACCAAGCUUCUCGAGAAUCAUUGCUGAAGUCCGACAACCCAUGGGCUCAACAAGAACCGGUCAAAUAUCAACGAGUCCAACAAUAUCGUCAGCAAAUGUCCGAGGAAGAUACACUCUCUUCUCGAGCCGGAGCUGAAACGCCUAUAUCGCAUAUGCGACUUCCACCAUCAGACUAUACCCCUAUUCCCACCUCUAGUCAAAAACUCGCAUCACCUAUGCAGGCACCUAUAUCUCAACGUCAAGCUAUGAUUCAGCGUCGGUUGUCAACCAGUACUUCCGAAAUUGGCUCCAAUCUACCUGACAUAGCACGGGCUAUGACAAACCCCAUGAAACAUGACCAAGCUGCUCCAUCUGUAGUUGCGCUAGGGCCGGCAACCAAGCGCGCUCUUGAAAAUUUACAACACGAGAUCGUUGCUCUCAAUUCACGUAUAGACGACCUGAAAGGAGAAUUGGUAGAACGUAAUGCUACCCGCCAGCGUCUGGCAAAAUCUAAUAACUCUACCAGCGAGACCGGUUCGGACGAUGAUAAUUGGGAUACCUGGCGAUGGGUGCUUAAGGCCGCUUUCCGUCAUGCUUUUGUCAAUAUCGUCGUUGCUCUGCUUUUCUUCCUGCUAAUGUACAAACGCAAAUCUCCCAUCGCAUUCGCCAUAAUAUCUCGUGUCCGAAGUGCAUUGUCCUCCACUAUGCGAAUUUUCUAGAUAUCAAACUCUAUCUAUUCCUCUGACCCUCACCAACACCAAAUCUUAAUAAAAAAAAA